AUGCUCUCGUCCUCUGUCUGCACGCCUCAGAUGUGGGCUUGCGGUGUGCCUUCUCUUGGCAGCAGCAGCAGCAGCAGCAACAGCAGCAGCAGCAGCAGCAGCAGCAGCGGUGGAUCGUGGCAGCAGCUGCAGCAACUGCGGUUUUCUAAACAUCCGCUGAAGCUUAAAAGCCGCGACAUCCAACACCCCCAUGUCGUUGCGCCUGAGCACCUGCCUGCUCCCCGCUACGCCUCAGCUCGUUUGUGCGGCCUGCAGCAGUUCGUCCCCGUCAACUGCUACAGAGAAAUGCCUCAAGAACAGCACUCGCAGCAGCAGCAGCAGCAGCAGCAGCAGCAGCAGCCGCAGCAGCACCGAACGCACGCCAUGCCGCAGCAGCAGCUAGACUAG